AUGGCGGGACGGUUUGUGGAAUACCUGCCCGAAGCAAAGUUGAAGGAAUUGCGUGAUAUAGCAAACGCAAUUGUUAGUCCUGGAAAGGGCAUUCUAGCUGCAGAUGAGAGCGUUGCUACCAUCGGUAAACGCUUUAAAUCUAUUAAUCUUGAGAACACUGAGGAAAAUCGCCGUAACUACCGACAACUUCUGUUCAGUUCUGACCCUUGCUUGGCCAAGUACAUAUCAGGAGUCAUCCUCUUUCACGACACGGUUUACCAGAAGACGGACGAUGGAACACCUCUUAUCGGUCUCUUGCAGGACCGUGGAAUUAUCCCUGGGAUUAAGGUUGACAAAGGCGUAGUUCCGUUGGCUGGAACUCAUGGUGAGGGAACUACCCAGGGUUUGGAUGGUUUAAGCGAACGCUGUGCGCAGUAUAAACGAGAUGGUUGCCACUUUGCUAAAUGGAGAUGCGUUUUGAAAAUUCAGGAGCACACUCCUUCCUAUCAAGCUAUGAUGGAGAAUGCCAAUGUGCUGGCUCGAUAUGCUGUAAUCUGCCAGCAAAAUGGUAUUGUCCCCAUUGUUGAACCAGAAGUGCUUCCAGACGGAAACCAUGACCUUUUUGUCGGGCAAAGAGUGUCUGAAGAGGUGCUUUCAUUCGUGUACAAGGCUCUAGCCGACCACCACGUCUAUCUGGAAGGAACGCUUCUCAAGCCCAACAUGGUAACUGCUGGUCAAAGUUGCAGUCAGAAGUACACAAAAGAGCAAAAUGCUGUGGCCACAAUCCAGACUCUUCAACGCACCGUCCCCCCUGCUGUUCCUGGAGUGGUUUUCCUCUCAGGUGGAAUGUCUGAGCUUGACGCAACGUUGAACCUGGAUGCCAUUAAUAAGGCAAAAAUGAAAAAGCCAUGGGCACUAUCUUUUAGUUUCGGUCGUGCUCUACAGGCUUCCGUCAUUCAGACGUGGCAAGGCAACUCGGAUAACACCCUGGCUGCUCAGUGUGAACUGCUCAAGCUGGCUAAAGCAAACUUUAACGUAUUUGAAUCUUCCGGAGAAGAAGGUUUUGCCAACUGUAAUAAGGUUAAAGAUUCUUCCUACGACGCUACCGACAAUUCAUCUGAGGUAUCCGCAGCCUUAGACUCUCAAAGUUAUUACAGCCUUGAAGUUGGUAGCGCUGCCACAUUAUUUGUGGCAGCGCUACUCGUCUUGUUUAAGGUGGCAUAUCCACUAAAACCGCCAGCUUUUCCUGAGACUUUUGCGUCGGUGGAUUAUGACGUGGUGGUUGGAUGUACCGAGGCGGCUUGGGGAUGGUUGGAUGUGCACCUGUCGAACGCCUCUUGCAAGUUUGCAGAGGUUGGACUUCAAUCAAUAGAGGCCAAAAUGGAGACGAGUGGUGAUGGCGGUGUCAGUGGUGGGACUGGGACCGCGACCUACCUGCGAUUUGCUGAGUACCUUCCAGAGACAAAACUCUCCGAACUUAGAGACAUUGCCAAUGCCAUCGUUGCGCCUGGAAAGGGCAUUCUUGCAGCUGAUGAAAGUGUGUCCACUAUCGGAAAAAGGUUGGACUCGGAACAUAUCGCUAACACAGAAGAAAAUCGUCGCAGAUAUUGCGAAUUAUUGUUUUCAGCAGAUAAGAGCAUCUCAAAGUACAUAUCUGGGGAACGUUCCAUAAUCCCGGGAAUCAAAGUGGACAAGGGAAUCAAGCCACUGGCUGGAACUAGGGGCGAGAAUACCACGCAAGGUCUGGACGACUUGGCAGAGAGAUGUGCGGAUUACAAACGAAGGGGAUGCCAUUUUGCCAAGUGGAGGUGUGCUUUGAAGAUCACAGAACACACCCCCAGUUGCCUCGCUAUGCUUGAGAAUGCUAACGUUCUAGCUAGAUAUGCUGUCAUUUGUCAGCAGGCAAGCUCUAUCAUUUUUGAGCAUUCACAAGUUCUUCCAGACGGAAAGCAUGACCUCUACGUUGCACAGAGAGUGACCGAAGAAGUACUGGCAUUCCAAUAUAAGGCACUGGCAGACCAUCAUGUUUACUUAGAGGGUACGCUGCUGAAACUGAAUAUGGUCACUGCUGGCCACGACUGUCCAUGCACCUUCUCUCUGGAACAAAAUGCUGUUGCCACUGUGCAGACUCUUCAGCGCCACGUUCCUCCUGCGGUCCCGGGAAUAACCUUUCUCUCUGGCGGGAUGUCAGAAGUGGACGCAACAAAAAAUCUAAACGCAAUCAACCAGUGCUCAAUGAAAAAGCCGUGGGCACUCACAUUUAGCUUUGGCCGAGCGCUGCAGGCCUCGGUCAUAAAAAUUUGGUCGGGCAGGGAAGAGAAUGUCCCGGCUGCUCAGCACGAACUCAUCAAGCUCUGCAAGGCCAACAGCGAGGCUGCAUUGGGGGCAUUCAGCGGAGAUCUGCAAACAUCAGCUGGAAUUCAGUCGUUAUUCGUUGCAAACCACGUUUAUUGA